GCGGCUUGCACCUGGGUACUCAAAAUAUGUACAGUUCUGACACUGUGGCGGGACUGACAUUUUUCUUCGUCCGCUUUUUGCACACUGCUUGUCUCCCAGGUUGGAGAACAUUCCUACAAGGUUUGAACUGCAGCGCAUGGGUUGACUGACAUGGAUCGCUUCACUUACUCUCGGGGCUUUGAUCGAAACCUGAUUUACAAAACGUAUGAAUUGUAUGGCAUGGUGUGUCCAUAUUAUGUGUUCAUUGGAUUCAUUGCACUGUCGUCUUCCGAUUCAUGUCACUACUUGAAAGACCGACCCGCUUGGCGGGGAUGUAUCUCUUGUUGGGAGAUUAAUGUACGUAAUUAGGCCCUCACAUGAACCGAAACACCAGUGUAUCCACCAUCUCGCAUCGCAGAUUGUUAGGCUCAACUCGGUCCCUUCUUGCACUUUGCUGCAAGAAUAGGAUUCGUGCCUUAUGCUCUUUAUAUGUCCACGAGUGCUUCAUCCAGGACUGUCUUGGAAAGCAAUAUCCCCAAUUACAAUGUGCAUUCUGUCGAGUCGAAGGCUACUUUCGCCAGUUGUGGCGGCAACCUCCUUUUGAUGAAGAGUUCAGCGAUAUCGAUUUCUCCAGACUAUACGAUAGACCGGAGCAUUCAGGACCCGUUCCCGGUCCGAGUCAGCAGCAUUCCUCAACUGGAAAAGAUCUGGAAGCGAUGACAGAACGUACAACCAAGGCGCCAACUCCUGAACUUCGCAGCACAGAUGCCACAGAGUUUGUUCCACCUGCAUCACGAGCAUGUCCUAUUUGUGGGAACAAGCUCCAAGGUCCAAUGCCAACAUCACUGAGAGGUCCUACACAAAGUUGUACAUGGAAAGAGCUCCAAGACGUGUUCCUCUCCGAUUUGGUCGGCACUGGUCCAAGCAGGCUUUCGGACAUGAAGGACUUUUGCAUCGAGUUUGGUCCAUCCUGUGGUGGAGUCACUUGCUCUUUCUCUCCCAGAGGCAUUGAAGAGGCCAUGUGCACAGCAAGGGCUUCACACGCACCCAAGAAGUCACCGACGAAGGAAGUAUCGUUCGUGAAGGAGUGCAAGCUGGAGGCCAGCAAUUGUGACGAGGAGACAGCUGAAUGGAAGGCUCCAAAUCCAUUUGCCAAAGACUUGCAUGGUACUGCGAUUGUGAUUCUUGCGCACAAUCGCGAGAAUGAGCUCAGAUCUUGCUUGGGAUCUUUGCUGGCCAUGCCUGAGGCUUCUCUCUUUCGGCUGCAUGUGUCCUUGGAUGAUCCUGCAGCUUUCACGAUGAUGGAAGGCUGCGCAAAAAGAGUUGCUGCCGCCCACAAUAUGGACGUAGAAAUCUGGAAGGCCAGUGCGCGAGUCGCAGAUCCUGAAGUCCACAACCAGGAGGUCAUCAAAUGGUUUGGAAUGAACACCGGCAAGAUUGCUCAUCACUAUUGGGUAGCAUUUGAAAGGGCCUUUAUGGACAAGAAAUUUGAGGCUGCAGUAUUCGUUGAAGAAGAUCUUGUGUUUUCGCCAGAUUUCUUGGCACUCUUUCGGAGUACUGCUGGUCUUUUGGAGCAGGAUCCAAGUCUUUGGUGCAUAAGUGGAUGGAAUGACUUCGGCUUCAAGGGUACAGCUUCAGAUCCUUGCCGCUUGCUGCGCACCACUUACUUCCCAGGUCUUGGUUUCUUGCUGACCCGAAAAGCCUGGCUACAAAUUCGCGAGGAAUGGCCAAUUGCUCCAACCAUGGGUUGGGAUUAUUGGAUGCGGGUAGCAUUUAGGACCUUCGACAAGGAAUGCAUCAUUCCCGAGGUGUCACGAACUCACCAUGCUGCUGCAAAAGGAUCAUCUGUAACGUCUGCCAAGCAACUGCGCCUUUUCGAGGCAAUGGCUUUCGCGGACAUACCCUCAUCAUGCGUUGUCGCAGAACCAUGCAAUCACUUUGGAAAUGUGUCUUACUUGCUGUCCCAGGAGUAUGAGGCAUGGCUGCGGGAAACCAUUGCUGAUGCACCCAAGAUCUCAGUUGUGGAGCUGAAGCAGAAGGUCCCCCACAAGGUUGGGACACAGAUGCCUUCGCUGCUACAUGUAGUUCCAUUCCUGCGUGAAGAAUUUAAUGGCCUUGCAGAGGCUGCUGGUUUGCUGCCCAGGAACACCAAGGGCUCCAUCCCAGCAGAUCUGCGUUCCGAGCACUAUGGUGUUAUGGCGGGGAAGUUGGUGAAUCAGAGGAUCCCGUUGCUGCUCGUAGACAAGAGGAGCUCUCGAGGCUACCUGCACCGGGAGGAUCAACUAAGGUUAGAUCCUGGCUAUGAAGUUGUUGCUGGUGCCAGGGGGUUGUCUUGUGAUGAGGUUUGCAAGCUGAGGGGAUCUUCGUGUGACAAGAUGCAGCUCUUUUUCCUGAAUGACUGCAACCUUUUGCGCAAGCACUUCCCCUGUGAGGCUGGAUGCGCACAUCAGGUUGGCAAAGAACUUCCUGUCUACGUGCCAGAUGAAUUUCAGCCAACAUACAGGCAGUGCUUGUUGACUUUCAUAUCGCCAAUGAAUUGCGAAGCAAAACAUUCGAGCACCUCACGACUCUGUGCCUGCAGAUUGAUUAGAACAACGACCACACUGUGAAGAAGCAAAAAGGCAUAGCAGCCUGGGAGGCAAGAUGGAGAUGAAGUCAUGGGUUUUAGGAACCCAC